AUAUAAAUAAAUGAGCACACUAUCAUGUCCCAUAAAGCUCCUGACUGACUGGUGAUCCUCAUUGAGAUUCAAGAUGAGUCUUUCACUUCAACAGACAGCAACAAUCGAAUCGGAGCACCCAGCAAACACAGCAGUUGAAGAGCCGAUGGAAAGGCAAAGCUUGCAAGAUGUGCUCGCCUUCGCUAAAGAGCUUCUGGCUCAAAAGCCCAGUCGAGGUAUGCUGAAGGUAUACUUGGUGGGCUCCGUGUUCGCGGUGCUCGGGACGCUCAUCGGAUUGGCUGAGCUGGUGUGUCGACCGCUCUCUUCAGGAGAGCCGAUGGACGCAGAGAUGGUCCUCAUCAUGAUGGACAAAGAGCAGAGGACACAAAAAUCGGAGCGCAAGGUGGAGGAGACUCUGACAAAAGAGCACAAGGACGUCAUCCAGAGCAUACAGGCAUUUUCCAAGAGCCAAAGUCAAAGAAAUCUGUGCAAUCGUCUCCAUGCUUCAUAAAAGACACUCUUCCCCCGUGAAAAGACAAAUCAACUAUGCGUUAUCUUCUAGGCCCAUACACAAAAAGACUAAAUGUAAUGUUGGAAAUAUUGUUUUGGACUCUUAGCUGUCAUGAAUUCUCUCUGUGCAGUUGAGUCUUUUCCUUUUGCACAAGCACUUUCACUUAAAUUGUCCAAGUUUUUGUUCCCUGACGUCAUCUAUUUUCUCUACUACUGUCUGUUGGUGCCUCAACACACCAACAGGGACAUCUAGUGGGGAAGAUUGGCACUGCUAUUUUUUUACAUUUUCCAUGUAUGUCAUUAUGUUGUUUUUUAUAUAUCAAUCUAAUAGUAUUUAUAUACCGGUAGCCCUUCAUCACAUAUCAAUAAUGUUUCCUUUUUACAUUUUUGCUCAUUUUCAACCCAUUAAGCCUUUGAAUACUUGCUUUGUAUAAUUUCCCCAGUGAUAAUAAAUAAUAAUAAUAAUAAUGAGGAUAAUAAUUAUAAUUAUAUUAAUAAUUUAUGCAGUGAACUUCGCCAAAGCUAAAAGUCUACAAAGUUGUUGCUUUGAUUGUGAUGUUGGAAAUGUAUUGAACCUAUUGAAAAUCAUUAUAUACUGAUAUACUGUAAUAAAAUAAUGAUAGACUGUGGCUGUGUGAAAAAUUCAGGGAAUUUUCUAACUGUCAAUCCCCUUCUGAAUGAAGAUGAAAUGUUAUGUUAUUUUAUGGAUUGUCAGGAAUGAUCAGCGGGAAAAGAAAGAAAUUAGUAAAAAAUUCGGGUUUGGUGUUUAAAAUGUUUUUGUUCAUUUCUUAAAUAUUGUUAUUUUUGCUUUCCCUUUGUGUAUUGGUAUAUGGUUAUACGCUGCAAAAGGCGCUUAUACUUAGUGUUUUUUAUUUUAUUUUUUUGAACACAUUUGUUUACUGAAAGUUUUUGUCACACAGUUAACUGAAAUACAAUACAAUACACAUUAAUUGUUAUUUUUUUCCUCCAACCAAAAAAAAAAAAGAUAUAUCAGUCAAAUAAGUACAGGCAGAUAUUGAUAUAAAGCCACAGACAACUGCACAUCUGAAUGG